ACCUGUUUUGCCUUCUUCGGCCUGUCUCCCUUUUACACUCACACCCACAGGCACCAUUCCCUUUUCUCUCUACCUCUCUUCCUCCGUGAACUUAUCAUCAUCACUACCAUGGCGACUACUAGCACCCAGACAAAACCUUCUAAGCAUUCCCGGGAAGAGGAAAUGGAGGAAACCCCGCUGAAUUGCCCGAUCCCAGUCCCUAAGCCAGCCAUCUACCCCAAUGAGAUGUACCUUUGUCGACGAGAUGAGUAUCACGACAUGAUCAAUCAUCAUAAAGCUGUAUUUUACACCCGCGCCACCCCCAGAGCUGCAGAGGUGACGGUCGGCCAUGCUCUUGAGUCGGUCUUUGUUCGGGUGAGAACAUGGGCAACCAUGUGGGGAAAGGGAGAGUCACUCUCUCAUGUUGCGGAUUCGGAUAAACAGGCGAUAGUCGCCAGCUUGGAUGAAUACUGUGUCCAGGAAGACUGGGAUAGCAUCCUUCUCAGCCUCCCUCCUGCCGCUCGGGCUAAUUUCGGAUGGAUCCUGAUUCUCUCUCCAUUCUGGUUCAUGGACGGAAAGAUCAAAGCCACCGAUUCAGAGCCCCAGUCUGAUUUCCACAAGAGGUUCCAGUACGUGUACGAGUGGCUCCUACAAGUUUCCCACGAGGAUGCAGCGUGGUGGAAAUCCAUCAUUGUUGGAAAGCUCAACGAUGAACCCUGCGUGAUGAACAACAUCCCACCCACUCCCGUCGGCCGCAACACAAUUAAACAUCGCACGGCGCUUGUGAAGACUUACACUGAUGAGUUGAUGCGUUCCCGGCUCUUCCAGCUCUUGCUUCGGGAUCCAGUAACCAAGUACAAACGAUCCCAGCGCAAGAGUAGUCUGCGUUUACUCCUCGAAUCUGCCGCUCAAACCGUCAUUCACGGCGAUGGUGGUCUCUACGGUAAUAUGAACAUUGUGCGACUGCCAGAUCUUCCGAAAUUCAACCACUGGUCGGGCCAGAUGAUCGUCCAUCCCUUCCACGCAGGAUUUGAACCCGUUGAAGGCAGUCGGGUUUUGAUUGUGACGCGGCCAAGCUAUAGCUACAUCGACAUCAUCUCCCUCAAACACUUUUGUACGGUGCCCCCAUGGAUGGUGAACCGUGCCGAAGUACUGGUGGCAGCCAAGGGGAGAAAAGCCCGGGCACUAUGGGCAGCAGCUGCUGUCAGCAAUGACUGCGAGGACACCGUUGGAAUGGACAAGGAGGAAGGAGAGAGCCAGGAAGAUGAUGACACGGAGGAGAAUGCUGAUCCGGUCAGGGAUCUUCCGCCCCUACGAGAGACCAUCUGGCGGCAGUAGACUAGCUGUUGAAUGUCCGGAAUUGAGUUCUGAG